CUGAAAACAUAGGAAGUGUUUCUCAGCACAGAGGUUGGCUGUGUCAGCAGAGGAGUUCUGGGUGUGCGGUUAAUCAGUCUCUGCGUGACUGUAAAUCUUGGCUUUUACUGUAGCUGUAUCUGUGUGUUGGUGGUUUAAAUUGCCGUGCAAAAUAGAUUAACUUCUUGCCCCAGCAAACAUAGUUUUGUCUAGUGUAGACUAAGACCAAAUCUCUGGAGGUUAAACAGUAGUAAUUUAUUACUUCUCUGGGGGAGAAAAAAAAAUAAUCAGCUGGAGACCUCCAGAUAAGAGGGAUUUGUGGCCUAAUUUAGGAAGAUCAUUGCAUCCAGAAACUUUGGAUGAAAACCAGCAAUAGCUAUGGGAGAAGCUGAUAUGGGCUCAUUAUGCCAAAGAAACUGCCACAGAAAAAUCUCGUUUCGAAGAAACUUUCAGUGUUUGCAGAUGACUCUGAUGAAGAGCCAUCUGUUGGUGAAAGUCUUCAGAAAGAAGCAUUGAAAAAACAAGCAAUGAAACAGACUAAACUGGAGAUUCAGAAGGCUUUGGAGGAAGAUGCUACAGUGUACGAAUAUGACAGUAUUUAUGAUGAAAUGCAGCAGAAGAAGAAAGAAAGUAAUGCCAGAGUGUUAUCUGGAAAAGAUGACAAAAAGCCCAGAUACAUCCAAAAUAUCCUCAAAGCAGCUGAGAUUAGAAAGAAGGAGCAAGAAAAAAGAAUGGAAAGAAAAAUUCAGAAAGAGCGUGAAAUGGAAGGAGGAGAGUUUGCUGACAAAGAGGCUUUUGUGACUUCAGCCUAUAAGAAGAAGCUGCAAGAAAGGGCUGAGGAGGAGGAAAGAGAAAGAAGAGAGGCAGCUCUCGAGGCGUACCUGGAUGUGACCAAGCAGAAGGAUCUCAGUGGAUUUUACAGACAUCUUUUAAACCAGAGGGUAGGGGAAGAAGAAAUGCCUAAAUGCAGCUUCCGUGAAGCCAGGAUAAAGGAAGAAAAAUCUGACAGUUACGAUGAAUCCAACCAAAUGAACAAAUGCCCAUAUGAAAGGCAAAGACCGAAGCCCUCUACCAAGAAAGAGAAUAACCCAGACGCUGAUACUGACUUAGGAACUGAUAGUAGUGAUGAUGAUAAGAGACACAAAAAUAGUAAAGUAAAUUUGAAAAAGAAGAAAAAGAGAGAGAGCUCUGUGAGCAGUGAAGAGGAGGCUAAACAUCAGAGGAGCCAGAGGCAUUCCAGGUCACCAAGCUCAUCCAGUGUGGAGGAAGAGCUACGCACAAAAGCCCAAACAAAUCAUCUUACAAAGAAGGGAGAGAGCAGACCAAGCAGAAGGGGAAAUGAUGAACAGUACAGGGAAAAGGAUUACGAGAGAAGUAGGACCCACGAAAAGGAUCACCAGAGGGAAAAGGAAGAGCGACAUAGAUACGGGGAUCACACUAAUAAAGAUAACUACAGAAGGAGGGAAGAGCAAGAUGAUAAACAAAGGGGGAAGGAAAGAAAAGAGAGGGAGGGACAUGGCAGAGAAUCAAGGAAGGCGAGGGAGAGAGAAGAGAAGGUCUUGGAAAAAGAACGAGAGAAAGAAAGAAUAAGAAAUGGUAAAGAUAGAUAUAAUGACAGAGAGAAGGAGAGAGGAGAGAAAUGCAGAGAAAAGGAAGAUCAUGUGAAGGAGAGGAGAGAGAAAUAUGGUCGUGAUGAAAAGAAAUACAGAGAGAGGAGGGAAGGUACUCCUACAUCUGUAGAAAAAGAUGGAGAGGCUGAUCUGGAAAAUGAGAGAAAGGGAAAAGAGAGAGAGGUGGAUGAGAAGGGAAGAUCCAGCUCUGGAAUUUUGUCUGAGCAGAAACGUAAAGCUGGAGAAGAAGGGGAGAAAGAGGGGAAAGAACAAGCACAGAAACCGCCUGAGAGCCUGAGCAAAUUUGCCAAACGGAGCAAUGAAGAGACAGUCAUGUCAGCAAGGGACCGCUAUUUGGCAAGGCAAAUGGCACGUGUCAGUACUAAAUCCUACAUUGAGAAGGAAGAAGAUUAAUGUCAUGUGGUGGACAAAAACACUUGGUCUGUCAACCAGGAAAAAAAGCCACUGCUGCACAGACUCUUGUACAGAAGUAAAAGUGUAUCCUAGGUAUUUAUUCCUGGCUUUCAUUUAAGAAAUUGUGUCCCAUAACAGAAGAACUUUUGAAAUGGAUUCAUGGAUCACUUGAUGCGCACCCUUAGUCUGUUUAUACAGUUGAAAUAUUAAAUUUGGCUGACUCUGUCCACCCUGGCCUUCAGUACCCUAUCCUUGGUACUUGAAGAGUCUGGGAAAGACCUAGGCGUGUUAAACAAUGUAAAGUGAGAAUACUUCCCCCUGGCAGCCCCUACACCUUUCACCAGCUGAAACAAUGAGCUCUGCUCAAAGAAAGGUGUUCUCAGGCCUUAGCAGGAGUCAUUGUUGCCCACUGAUGCUCUCAAAAUUGAGAAGCAAACCUGUAAAAUUGUGAAAAAUGCAAGAAAAUCAUCCUGAAUAAUAAUCUAGGAGGUUUCUGUAUGUAGUAUUGUGUUUUGUAAGCUAAAUGCAUAUUGACAUAUGAAUUUUGUAUUUAUGUGUAGCCUUUUGUUUUGGGACCUGAUGUACAGAAACACUUAAAUAAAGUGUAAGAUAAAUACUGGAUCUAAUGCGUAAGUUUUUUAAUGCUUGUGUUAUUUUACUUCCUCUUUUUUGUGUGAAAUGAGGUAUACAAGUCUUUUUUCAUGCAUUACAGUCAUAUCUGCUUGUUCUGC